CAAAACGGAUUAUUGAAUACUUAUUAUCUCACCGAGUAUCUUGUGGAUAAAUAUUAAAAAAAAAAAAAUACAAACAAGAAAGGAGAAUCUUAACACAAUGAGGAUCUUUCAAUUGGCUGUUAUAACAGCCGCACUUUUGACAAUCACAACUGCCAAUGAGCUAUCUUGGUCAUGGAGUGGUGCAAAAACUGAAGAUGCCAAAUCAACAAUUACCAGAAGAUCAACAGAAGCUGAUACAAAAGAAUCAGACAAAGAAGAAGCUGUCGAAGGAAGAUACCUUGUUCAAGAGCCUGUCUUUAGCAAUGAAACUGAAGUUAAUGAUAUUAUUGAACAUAUUCUAAUGGGACGUAGAGAAGGUCGUGAAUUGGGUGAUUAUGAUCAGGUUUAUGCCGAUGGAAAUGUUGAAAAAGCUUUGCAACAAGGUGAUGAUCAACAAGCUAGGAACUUGGUCAAAGAGAAAUUGUGUGUAUUGGGUCUAAUGAGCUGUGAUCCUGAAGAAAAACGUCCAUUCUAUUCAACGAUCUAUGCUCAAGGACCUCCACCACCAAAUAGAGUUGGAGGACCAUAUGGACCACCACGACCAAUGCCAACGCCAGGAAAUCGUUAUGGACCACCUGGGAAUAAAUUUGGACCACCACCACCAAAUUCAUUUGGACCACCUCCAUCUAAUUCAUUUGGACCAUCGAAUAACAACAAAUUCGGACCUCCUAGGAAAGUCGGCUAUGAAGGACCAAUGUCAAAGCCUUUCUAUGGACGUCCCCAAGGUAUUGGACCAGUUUAUAAUGGACCUUUCCUUGAAUCACCACCCCCAUCAGCUAUUGAUUCUUCGGUAUCAUUCUCCAAACCUCCACCAGGUGCUAUUAUUUAUGGUUCAAAACCUCCAGGUCCAGUUUUUGAAGGUGUUGAUGCCCCUUACAACUUUGAAUCAGCAACCGUUGGAGAAAAGAUCCAAGUAGCCAGUUCGCAACAAAAUAAUUUCUAUGCUCAUCAAUCUGGAAGUUCUGUGAAGGAUGAAUCACUUGCUUCUUCUGCUUCGACCUUACAACAACAUGUCCACCAUCAUUACCAUCAUGUAGAAGGAGAAGGUGCUGCAGCUAAGGCUCCAUCUGUAACGGUCCCCAUUGGUGGAGGAAACACAAUCAAUACUGGAUUUUCGGCCUUAGCUCAGUCUUCAGCUGGUUUUGCUCCUGUUUCUAGCGGUGGAUUCUCAGAAUCUUCAGCUUUCGCUGCUGGUUUUAAUGGGGCUUCCCAAGGAAGUCUAAUUUCUGGUUCAAAUGGCUUCAAUGCAAACGGUUUUGGUUCAGAUGGUUUUGGUUCAAACGGUUUCAAUUCGCCUCAAAAGCCUAACACAGGUGAAUUUUACAAGCCUCCUAGUGGUCUUGGAAGUUUCGGCUCAUCAGGAAAUGAAGGAUUUGCACAAAAUGGUGGAUCUGGAUUUGGAUCAUCGAAUGGACUCUCAGGAAGCUAUCAUUCUCAAAACCCUGACUACUUUAAGAAGGAACUUCAUUCCGGUUCUCAAUCUCAAUUCGGUAGCAAUAACUUCAAUGGAGGCUACAACGAUAAUAAAUAUGCAGCUUCUCAAUUUGGAGGCAAUUAUGAUACAUCAAGACAGCAAGAUAUUGAUUGUGUUUGUGUGCCAUUUAACCAAUGUCCCGCUGCUGACAGAAUCGGACGUAAAGAUGACCUUAUUCUUCCUAUUGAUCCUCGUAACAUUGGUAAAGAUAUUGAGGCUUUGAGUGAUGAAGCAGCUUUAAAUAUCACUUCAUCUGCUGUUCCUGCUGACAAAAAAGACUCCAAACCAGAAGAAAAGUCAAAGAAGACCAAACGAGAAGCUCCAGCUGAAGAUAAGCAGUCUCAAGAUGAUAUCGAUACACAAGCUUCUGAUGCCGAAGGGCGCGCUUAUUACGGACGUCCAGGUGGUGUUCAACAUCAACAAUGUCGUGGCAAUGAAGUCUGCUGCCGUCGUCCAUUCCGUCCACCACAACAACAACAACAACAAUUGGGACGCUGCGGUACUCGCAAUGCAGCUGGUAUUACCGGUCGUAUCAAGAACCCCGUUUACAUUGAUGGAGACAGUGAAUUUGGUGAAUAUCCAUGGCAUGUAGCUAUUUUGAAGAAGGAUCCUAAAGAAUCGGUCUACGUUUGUGGAGGUACCUUGAUUGAUGGUCAACAUGUUAUUACAGCUGCUCAUUGUAUUAAGACAUACCAAGGUUUUGAUUUGCGUGUGCGAAUGGGUGAAUGGGAUGUUAACCAUGAUGUUGAAUUCUUCCCUUACAUUGAACGUGAUGUAGUCUCUGUCCAUGUUCAUCCAGAAUACUAUGCUGGAACCUUAGAUAACGAUCUUGCUGUUCUCAAAUUUGACCAACCUAUUGACUUUACCAAGAAUCCCCACAUCAGUCCCGCAUGUAUGCCAGAGAAAUUCUCCGAUUUUACUGGCGCCCGGUGCUGGACCACCGGUUGGGGUAAAGACGCCUUCGGUGAUCAUGGAAAAUAUCAAAACAUUCUCAAAGAAGUCGACGUGCCAAUUCUUGGACAACAACAGUGUCAAAAUCAACUUAGACAAACCCGUCUUGGAUUCAAUUACAAAUUGAAUCCUGGAUUUGUGUGCGCUGGCGGAGAAGAAGGCAAAGACGCUUGCAAAGGUGAUGGCGGUGGUCCGUUGGUUUGUGAACGUAAUGGCUAUUGGAAUGUUGUAGGUGUUGUUUCAUGGGGUAUUGGAUGUGGUGAGGUUAAUGUACCCGGAGUUUAUGUGAGAGUUUCACAUUAUUUGGAUUGGAUUAGACAGAUUACGCAAUAUUAUAAAUGAUUUUGUGUGAUGGAUGAAUUCCAUUUUGUAU